UGCCUCUCGGUGCGCGGAUUCAGCUGCUGCCCAGUAGGGCUUUCGCUGUUCGCGAGUCUGUGUGUGGUUCCCCCCGGCACACCUCUGUCGACGAUGAGGAAAGGUCUGCGGGCGACAGCGGCCCGCUGCGGACUGGGACUGGGAUACGUGCUGCAAACGCUCGUGCUACCUGCCCUGGCCCUGCUCAGCGCCAGCGGCACCGGCUCCGCGGCUCAAGACGACGACUUUUUUCAUGAACUGCCAGAAACCUUUCCAUCUGAUCCACCUGAACCUCUGCCGCAUUUCCUUAUUGAGCCUGAAGAAGCUUAUAUUGUGAAGAAUAAGCCUGUUAACCUGUAUUGUAAAGCCAGCCCCGCCACCCAAAUCUACUUCAAGUGCAACAGUGAAUGGGUUCAUCAGAAGGACCACAUAGUAGAUGAGAGAGUAGAUGAAACUUCUGGUCUCAUCGUCCGGGAAGUGAGCAUUGAGAUUUCACGCCAGCAAGUGGAAGAACUGUUUGGGCCUGAGGAUUACUGGUGCCAGUGUGUGGCCUGGAGCUCAGCAGGCACCACAAAGAGCAGGAAGGCCUACGUGCGCAUCGCAUAUCUGCGGAAGACAUUUGAGCAGGAACCCCUGGGAAAGGAAGUAUCCCUGGAACAGGAAGUCUUGCUCCAGUGUCGACCACCUGAAGGGAUUCCAGUGGCUGAGGUGGAAUGGUUGAAAAAUGAAGACAUAAUUGAUCCUGUUGAAGAUCGGAAUUUUUAUAUUACUAUUGAUCACAACCUCAUCAUCAAGCAGGCCCGCCUCUCAGAUACCGCGAAUUAUACUUGUGUUGCCAAAAACAUUGUUGCCAAGAGGAAAAGCACAACAGCAACGGUCAUCGUCUAUGUAAAUGGUGGCUGGUCUACCUGGACAGAGUGGUCUGUGUGUAAUAGCCGCUGUGGACGAGGGUAUCAGAAACGCACGAGGACCUGUACCAACCCAGCACCACUCAACGGUGGUGCCUUCUGCGAAGGGCAGAGUGUGCAGAAAAUAGCCUGCACCACAUUAUGCCCAGUGGAUGGCAGGUGGACCUCCUGGAGCAAGUGGUCUACUUGUGGGACCGAGUGCACACACUGGCGCAGGCGGGAGUGCACGGCGCCAGCCCCCAAGAAUGGAGGCAAGGACUGCGACGGUCUGGUCUUGCAGUCCAAGAACUGCACUGAUGGGCUUUGCAUGCAGACUGCUCCUGAUUCAGAUGACAUUGCUCUGUAUGUUGGCAUCGUGAUAGCUGUGAUUGUUUGCCUGGCCAUCUCUGUAGUUGUGGCCCUAUUUGUGUAUCGGAAGAAUCAUCGCGACUUUGAGUCUGAUAUUAUCGACUCUUCGGCACUCAAUGGAGGCUUUCAGCCUGUGAACAUCAAGGCAGCAAGACAAGAUAUCCUGGCAGUGCCUCCAGACCUCACAUCAGCAGCAGCCAUGUACAGGGGGCCUGUCUAUGCGUUGCAUGAUGUCUCGGAUAAAAUCCCCAUGACCAACUCUCCAAUUCUGGAUCCACUGCCUAACCUGAAAAUCAAAGUGUACAACACCUCCGGUGCUGUCACCCCGCAAGAUGACCUCUCUGAGUUUGCAUCUAAGCUGUCCCCUCAGAUGACUCAGUCCUUGCUGGAGAACGAAGCCCUCAACCUGAAGAGUCAGAGUCUGGCAAGGCAGACUGAUCCAUCCUGUACUGCGUUUGGCACCUUCAACUCUCUCGGGGGCCAUCUUAUUGUUCCCAAUUCAGGAGUGAGCUUGCUGAUUCCCGCUGGGGCCAUUCCCCAAGGGAGAGUCUACGAAAUGUAUGUGACUGUACACAGGAAAGAAACUAUGAGGCCGCCCAUGGAAGACACUCAGACACUGCUGACCCCAGUGGUGAGCUGUGGGCCUCCAGGAGCCCUGCUGACCCGCCCCAUCAUCCUCACUAUGCAUCACUGUGCAGAUCCCAAUACCGAGGACUGGAAGAUACAGCUCAAGAACCAGGCAGCGCAGGGCCAGUGGGAGGACGUGGUGGUGGUGGGAGAGGAAAACUUCACCACGCCCUGCUACGUUCAGCUGGACGCGGAGGCCUGCCACCUCCUCACGGAGAACCUCAGCACCUACGCGCUCGUAGGCCAGUCCACCACCAAAGCCGCGGCGAAGCGGCUGAAGCUGGCCAUCUUCGGGCCGCUCUGCUGCUCCUCUCUAGAGUACAGUGUCCGAGUUUAUUGCCUGGAUGACACCCGAGAUGCCCUCAAGGAAGUUUUGCAGCUUGAGAGACAGAUGGGAGGACAGCUCCUAGAGGAACCUAAGGCUCUUCAUUUCAAAGGCAGCACCCACAACCUGCGUCUGUCCAUUCACGACAUUGCCCAUUCCCUCUGGAAGAGCAAACUGCUGGCUAAGUAUCAGGAGAUUCCUUUUUACCAUAUCUGGAGCGGGUCUCAAAGAAACCUCCACUGCACAUUCACUCUGGAAAGAUUCAGCCUGAACACGGUGGAGCUGGUCUGCAAACUCUGUGUGCGACAGGUAGAAGGAGAAGGGCAGAUCUUCCAGCUAAACUGCACUGUCUCAGAGGAACCUACGGGCAUUGAUUUGCCUCUGCUGGACCCAGCGAGCACCAUCACCACCGUGACAGGACCUAGUGCUUUCAGCAUCCCUCCCCCUAUCCGGCAGAAGCUCUGUAGCAGCCUAGAUGCCCCACAGACGAGAGGUCAUGACUGGAGGAUGCUGGCCCAUAAGCUAAACCUGGACAGGUACUUGAAUUACUUUGCCACCAAAUCAAGCCCAACUGGUGUGAUCCUGGAUCUUUGGGAAGCACAGAACUUCCCGGAUGGAAACCUGAGCAUGCUGGCAGCUGUCCUGGAAGAAAUGGGAAGACAUGAAACAGUAGUGUCUUUAGCAGCAGAGGGACAGUACUGACCCACGCUGGGACUGACAGUGAAGGACAAGAAUGCACAGGGAGUCCGUGGCCGUCCAGGGGAUCACAGCUGAGGAGGAAAUCCAGACUAGACCAAUGAGCUUCACAGGCAAGAAAGCAGCGGGAGAGAGAAGGAAACCAGAUACAACUACCGAUAUCCACGCCCUCUUUACUGGGACAUCAUCACAGGAGUUAAGAACAAUCGUGUACAUUUGUACCUUGAAUUUAGAAACCAACCUAAUUUUCCUCUUUGUUGGGCUGUAUGCUGUGUGGUACAGGAUCUUACAGUUUCCUAGGAAACGCUUUUUAUUGCUAUCCAGAUAUAUGGAUAAACUUUCUUAACAAAACCCAAUUUCUACAAACGUUGUUUACAUCAAAUUGGACAGGGAUGCAGACACUGUCCAUGGCUCGUUCUAUUUUUGUUUAAAUCAUUUGAAGUUGAAGCUGUGGACGGUUUGUUGUGUCUAUUUCAGAUUAGUAAUUUACAGAGAAAUCACAGACUUUUGCUACGAAUCAUGUGCAUCAAGUGUCUCAGAUAAUCCUCCCAUCAGUGUUCUGUUUCUAGAACGUGUAAAACCAGUGUUACUGUUUGUAUCAGGGAAGUGGAGAAUCUAAGUGUAAAGGAGAAAUAAUGAAGACUCCUUAUUCCUUGAGGACUCCCUUCCCGUGCCCUCUGGGAAUAAAGCUCUAGCAGUGCAGGAAGGACAGUGAUUCA